CAUAUUGGCAAUUUAGUGUAGCGUUAGGGGUUAGUGACAGACCUUCUCUGUACUUUCUUGUUUUUUUUCCGCUUCUUUUUUGGUAUAAUAAGUGACAGUUGAUUGAAAGUUAUUGUUGUAAUUAUUCGAAAUUCAAACGGACGUGUGACAACAGUUUUAAAUGUCGCGGGUCGCUGUUAACUUCGGGUAUUUACGAUCGUCACAGCCUUCUAUUGGCGGUGUGCAGCUGUUCAAUGUCGAAUUGAUAUAAAAUACCAAUUUCGAUGGCGGGAAUAUUAUAAAUAAACUAACCUACGGAUUACUGUGGACCAUUGGGCUAUGGCCGCUGUUGCCGAAAUGGGGGAAGUCGACGAAAUCCAUUCGAAUGAAGAAAGUAUACGAGAUGGUGCCAGUGUGAACGGAGACGUGUGCGAGUUUAAUAAAGAGGCAGAUGAGGACCCGGAUGAAAUCAUCGAAUCAACAAAUGUUAGCGAAGAUGAAAUGGUAGAACACGAAGAAAACAAUUCCGACAAUGACGACGACGAUGCUCAAUUUAGGGAAAUACAUAGCGUCGAAGAGCAGGAAGUGGAUGAUGAUGAUGACGAGGAUAAAAUGGAGGUGGAAGAAAUAGGAUCGGUCGAGCAAAUACACGAAAUAAACAACAGCGACGAUGAGGAUAAACACGAGGAGAUAAGAAACGGUCUUGAUGACGGCACAGGUGAUAGUGAUAAAAUGGACGACGCUAACUCCAUUAUUAUUCACGAUUCGGGCGAGGCCGAUUGCGAUGACGUCGUAAUAUUGGACGAUACGGAUCCCAUAGAAAAUGGCACUAUAGAUAUGACGGAAGAUGACGUUGAAAUUACGGAACCUAUAGAAGAUCUCGAGCCGCAAAAUGAUACCGACACUCAGGCAAAUAAAAAGAAGCUUGUUUCGGAGCAGGUCGCUUUCCGAAGAAGUAUUCGUAACUUUGGAAAAGAAAGGAGGUCAUAUGCCAAAAAGGAGAAGCCAAAGCCACCCCCGAUUCCGGAACCUCAGCCAUGUGAUUCGUCCGAUAUGUCCGAUAUUGAAGAGAUACUACCCGAAGAUCCUUUAGCUGUGAUUGAAGCCACCCCUUCACCUCAAACGAAAGCUCCAAAGAAAAAAUCGCGACUGUCUAGUUCAACCAUAGUUGUCAAGGACACCAAACGCCUUGCUGAAAUUGCCUCUAAAUCUACCGCUAAUAAUAAUAAUAAAAAAGAACCAACGCUAGUAAUAAUUGACACAAAUUCCAUUUUAUCAGGUCGUGGUCCCAUUCCCAUUACUCAGAAAGCUUCCAUGUCGAAUUCGCAAAUGACCAACUCCUUUCCAAUGCUGCCGAUGGCGCUUCCCGCUCAAGGUAUUUACCCGGCGAAUAUGCGCGCCACAAUCACACCUAUUCCAAUGACUCCUACUUCAAUUUCAGCAGUACCAGCCACCCGACCUCCGACCACCGCACCCACGCUUCCUCCGGCCCCACCCGUUCUCCCCACCUUAACCGAUGAUAUGUUUGUGGUAGAGGCACCUUCCUUUAUUGUUCCUUAUGUAUACGAGAAACCUCCACUAAAAGACCUUAAAACUUGCAUUAAGACUCUCGAGAAUGAAAUCAAAGAAAGCGAAGAGAGCGACAAGGCGAAAGAGUCCGAAAGCAAGAAGGAAGAUGCACCCGAAAGCGAUAAGAAAGACGACGACGCAGAUAAGGAUGAAUCGAAUAAGGAAGGUUCGGAUGUUGAACUAGUAAAUGAGAAACAAGAGGGCAAAGAUUUCGAGUUAGAUUUACCUGUGAUGCCUAUACCCAACACCGCAAAUGCGCUCGCGGCCGAGUUACGUAAGCCCGCCACAUAUUUCGAUAGCGCCCUAGGAAAAUUUUUUAUGGGUAUCGGUUACGGCCUGGUUCAGGAGUCCGUUCAAACUGACCUUUUGAAACAGCAGAAGCGUAAGCGCGAUCGGGAAAAUUGGGAGAACGCGGAGACUAUUAAAACUAUCAAUUCGUUAAUAAAGAAUUUGGAGUAUACGAAAGAAAAUAAUGUUCCGUAUCGCAUGCCGACCAAGAAAUGUGAAUAUUGUAGUUUUAAGACCGAGUCCUCUCUAGCGAUGUCGUUUCAUCUGGAAACUCCCCACAUGAAAAACUACGUGUAUCGUUGUAACUUUUGUACUUAUGAAGUUCGUAGUCCGCACGAUAUUUUAUUCCAUAUGGAAGUUAAGCACGGCGUGAGAGGUCGCUUGGAGAGAGCGCCCGCUUUCCAUCAGUGCCCCAAUUGUCCAUUCGAGGAUAAUCAAAAGGGAAAGCUGUCGAGGCACUCGGUGGCGUGCAUGCGCAAAUUUAAGCCCGAACGAAAUUUGGAACCGCCCGCCGAUUUUGAACCUCCCGCGAAAAUACCUCGAAUGCCGCGUAUGAAGCAGCAAGGAAUGGGAAGCGCGGCCGCCGUUUACCAGGCAAUGGCACGUUCAACUCAGUUACAAAUGAUGUCUAAGCUAGCUAAUAAUUCAACUGCUUUGCAGCGUGGGAGAGGUAGGCCGUCGAUGGGGCUUCCGAUUACAAAGCACAUUCCUCCCAGCAUACGACCCGCCAAUGCUAACAUACUGUACAAACCAUCCGGAAGCAUGUCGGGCGGCUCCGUUUUGGUACCGACGAAUUACCAGUUAAGCGGAAAUCCUCUAUAUCAGGUGGUGGGUGGUCCAGAGAUGGGUGGCCACAUAGGCCACGGCCUUGCCGCCACGUAUCUGCCUAAUUUAUCUACCACGCCCAAUUCAUUCACCGUUCAGGUAUGCACCUAAAAGUGCUUGCUUUUU